AUGCUCGUUGGGCCUCUUGCCAGACAAAACGCUAUUAUUCUUCAAGUUCUUUCUCAUCAGGUACAGCUGGAGGACAAAGCAGGUAGGAGUUGCUUUGCGUACUGCAACGCUGUCUUAUCAAAGAGCUUUCAUUCGCUCAGUUCCAUAACAUUUCUCCUGGUUAUGUUUGCUUCGCAUCGACCUCGCGUCUUCCGAUCCCGUCUGGGCUGCUGCAUUUGCGGCGCUAAGUCCUCCAGUUCGCGAUUCACGUCUUCGUCAAAAUAUGAAGUGCUGUUUAGUGGUUGCUUUCAGUUGAAUGAGAAAAGACAAGGAGAAAUCUGCAAUGCCUGUGUUCUCCUCGUGAAGCGCUGGAAGAAACUGCCGCCUGGAAGCUCAAAAAACUGGAAGCAUGUAAGCUUAAGCAAAACUUUUGUUUUCUUUCCAGUUCUGUAAUUUUCCAACCCGCUGUCAUUUCCGCUCCGUAAUUUUUGAGGUAGUGAAUCGUAACUUUUUAUUCAUGUAGGUUGUAGACAGCAAAGCAAGUGUGAAAAGGACUACAAAACCAAGAAGAAGCUCAAGAACUUUGAGCUUAGAAAACGGGAAAGAAAUGACAUCGACUGCCAACGGAAGAGCAACAAGUGGCCGAAAUGAUAGUUGUGGAGCCGAGUCGACCCGAGGUGAGUUCUUUUGUCUAUUGUCCUGUGACACUCUUCGCUCUUUCCUUGGCUUACCUGGAUGACAGUCGUCUUGCAGUUUGAAAUAAAUCUUUGAGUUAGUCAUAAGGCCAAUGAAAGCGACGAAGAAGGUUUUUAUCGUUCAAUUUCAAGUUAUAAAGAGCGUAGACUUUUAAUUAAAUGAGUUAAGUUCAAUCCCUUUUGUAGAUUUCUUCUUCUUCAGUCGUGCACAAAACACCUAAAAGCAAUUUUUAAAUUAUGAUUUAAAUUUCAAUUUGUCAUAACGUAAAUACUAGCAAAAAACAGUGAUAAUUUGAAAUGGUUAGAGUUCGUACGACAGCACGUGCAUGUAGAUUAAACCUAUCCUUAUUAAAUUUUCCUCAUGACCGUAUAAAUUUUUUUGUUGUUAUUACAUGUGACUUGAGCUUUAAGACGUGGACGUAGACAAAAUGCUAAUACUGUUCAUCAUAUUUUCUGCGUACGGUUUUAUUUCAAUAAUAUUAUUCGUGUUUUUAAGUACAGUAAAUAAUUUUCCAGGCCAUUCCCACAAUAAAUUUGUUUGACAUUCGUGAACAAAACAAUGCUAUUGUACGUCCGGGGAAAAAUCCUGCUACUGAAAAGAGGCUGCAAUGCUGUAUUGAGAUGAGGAUUUCACCAAAAAGUAAGGAAAGCACAUGUUGAUCAAACAUGACAACAUAUCCUUAAGGGGCUGACCGUUUGACUUUUAAGGCAGGAUAUUGGUGAUUUUAGGAAAAAAAUAUCCUGCAUACUAAUUUUGAGGGGGAAAAAAUCUUGCAAGAAAAAAACCUGGGGAAAAGAAUGACCUGUAAUGAAAAAUAAUAUAUCUUAUGGCGUAUAAUGCCGCGAAAAAAAAUCUUACGCCAUUAUAUGUUGAGGAAAAAAAUUCCAUCCUUAGAGGUUUGGAAAAAAAAAUUCUUGCCGAAACCAAAUCACCCAUACCCUCUCCCCCCUCAAAAGUUAAGUCCUUGUAACUCCUCGACAACGUUAUGGAAGGACUAUUUUGUCACUCAAACUUUAAAACUUGUGGACAAAAUUCCAUGUGGUUGCUGUUUGUGUAAAACCUCCUUGGCAAAACUUUGCAAAGUGUUGUUCUUUUUCUGAGGAUUUACGAAUAGAAAGUUAAAUUUUCUUGUGAAUUGGUUCUUUGGCUGCCAUUAGAAGUGAAAUGGUUUACUCAGAUGAAUCAUGCACUUGACGACUCCAGACUGUAAUUUCUUAAAAUAUGAGCACUUUGGCAAUAGACCUUGACACUGCUAAAAAGAGCACCUUACCCCAUUCACCAUCAUCAGUUUUAGUGGUCAAGGACAACUUUGUUCGCUAACGUGAGCAGAGUGAAGAGAUCUUUUAAAACAUACUAGAAGAGUGUGCAAAGAUAGUAGUGUCCGAUAGCCCAGGGCUAGUGGAUUUUGCUAUCGAGCUAGUGAAUUCUGUUUUUAACUUGCCUGAUGGGCAAGUGAUGUCUUUUGAGGAAUGCAAAUAACAGAAGAACCGUGAAAUCAAUUAUGCCAGUUAAAAAUUUUUUGGGGGCUAGUUGAAAUGACGUCUGGGCUAGUAAAUGCUAAAAUGUAAAAAUGAUUUUCUUUGCACCCUACCGGAAUGAUCACAAUUCAGUGAACAACACUGGAGAAAAACUGCAAAAAACCAUGUAACCUUGACCUGAAAAUUGCCAUGAAAAUCUUGUUCCACCACCCACCUACCUUUCCUUUCAAAUAAUCCUAAGAUCCUAAAAGCUUUCCUAAAAUUUUUCUCACCAAAAUGAAGCCUACUAAAUGCCCAGCAAAAGAAAAACAAAAUGAGGCAAGAAAAGCGAAAAAAGAGGGAGGAGAGAAAGCGAAAACUAAAAGUUAAGGUUGCUGUGUUACUUUUAAACCCCCAAAAUUUGGGGCUUUCUGCACAUGCCGAACUUCACAAGCUAAUAUUUUGCAUCUGGAUCAGAAAACUGCAAAGUGUACGACCUGUAAACCGGUUUGUGGUAAGUUUUAGCUCUUAAAAGCACGACAGUGACCAGAAAACCGCUCGACUAGCUUUAAAAUGCGUUUUUGGGCAAAUCUCUAGGGACGAAUGGGUUAAAUAUGUUAGCACCUGAGAUGAAUGAGUAUAACAUUUACACUUUUACAUUACUAAUUCUUCUCUUGAUUUGCAGAUGAAGAUGAAAUGGAAACAGACAGUGGUGACUUGUCGCCAACUUUGAUGUGUGGCUCGCCCAGUCCCAGUCCCAGUGACAUGUCAGAUGAGUUUUCAUCCAGUUCAUUAACCACCCAGCCUGUCAAAAGUGUCUCCACAGCUUCGCAGACUUCAUUUCUAUUUCCUUCCCUUACAUCUUCAACAAAAAAUAAGCUUCCUUUUAUUGACCUCUCUACAUGGCGCCGUGAAGAGAUCUGCUGUGGCACUAUAUUCAGGGGUCCUUAUGGUGAGGUCCUUGUUGACCCCAAGCUUUUGAAUCCCGUUUGCACCUGUUCAUGCAGUUCACAGCCCCCUGUGACUGUUAACCAUCCAAAGACUGUACAGUAAACUAGUACAUGAAAGGUUUUCCAAUACAUACUCUAAUAUCCAUUAUUCUAUUCUGUCUGGCACAGAGGUUUUUUAUCUUUUCAGUUUUUUAUCUUUCUCAGCUCACCAUAAUUCAUAUUUUGGCAUCACAUGAAAAGUAAAUCAAAUUCAAACCACAGUUCACUAUCAUCUAAGAACAGACUUCUUCACAUCGUACAUGAUUUGA